AUGAAAGCAGGGCCUACAUCAAUCCUGUUCACCCUGCUUGGUCUGUCACAGGCCUUGCAGCUUACGGCUACUUCAUGGAGCAUCUGUCAGGGCCACCCUGGUAUAAAUAUUGUCGACAUCAGUCCCUGUGAUGCGGAGCCUUGUGUCCUCGCGCAAGGAGAGGAAUAUACAGUCUCCAUGUCCGGAGAAAAUGGCGAAACCGCUGUUGACAACGUCCACUUGACUAUCGAGGGAGCCCUUGGGGCGUGGGUCCCUGUUGCAGAUGUGUCAGUCUGUGGGGCGAGUCUCGCUUGUCCUGUCGAACCACUUGGUAAAUGGACUUUGGACCACACUUGGGCGAUUGACAGUUUAUUGCCUACUGGACAGGUUCUGACCAGAUGGAAAUUGGUCGAAACUAAUGGGGUUGCUGAGCUUGGGUGCGCAGAGAUCGUCGUUACUAUUGAAUAG